AGUGGUAUGUGCAAGUCUAAUACCAGUGGAAGCCGCAAAGCUUUUACUUCUAUUUCAAUUAUUGAAAAACGGGCAUUUGCAAUCAUGGUGUUUUACUUUUUGUCUCGGUUAGUUCUCUGUAAUUGGAUGCUUUUUCGUGUUUGAUAUAUCUAGGAGACCAAGGUGAUUUGUGUAGUACCCUUCCUUUUCAUUCAGAUGUAAGUUCUUUGGCUGCAUUUGAUGAUUGUGUGUAAGUUGACUAUGAGAAGUUGAAUUAGUUUGUGAAAAAGAUUCAUUACCCUACUGUUGUUUGCACUUUUCAGCUAGAUCGAGAGUUAGAAUUCUAUAACUAAGACAGGCCAACGCAAGUUGGUUCUUUCUUGAGGCAUAGAUCACCAACCACCAACCAAGAUAACUCAUGUUGGAUCUGUGAGAUGAGGUAUCGAAUGUUAAAGCUACUACUAGAUUGUGUUUCCUGAGUAUAAAAUGCAGGUACCUGUGUAAUCUGCCUUCUAGUUUUUGGAGUGCUUUUGGUGUGGACUUUAUGCAGGAACAUUCACCAUACUUUGGAUCCUUGACCCACAUAAUGCAAUACAAAGGGGAAAAUGAUGUUUUGUUGCUAGCUAAACAUCUCUAAACUCUCAUCAUCAUAUUGAAAGCUAAUUUAUCAAUUCCCUAUGAUUGGCCACCAUUGUCCAAUUUUUUUAAAAGAUUUUUAAUCCUUGUACAGAUCUUUUGUCCAUCUUACUCUAAUAUUUGGUUCAAGUCCAUUCAUCAGUGAUUUUUCUAAUUUAUCUUGCCUUAUGCUAUCAAAAUAUUCUAAAUCUCCUUCUCUUUCAUACCUGUCUUUUUUCUUUUGUUGUUUUAUCUCUGACUUUAUUGGGCAGGAAUCUGUUUUUAGAUAGAAGAUGGCAACCCCAGAAGAAAACAAUGAUGUGAAAACUCUUGAAACACAGCCCAACAAGCGGAGAAAAAAGAAGUCCAUCAUCUGGGAACACUUCACAAUAGAAAUUAUGAGUCCUGGAUGUAGAAGGGCGUGCUGUAAGCAGUGCAAGCAAAGUUUCGCCUAUGGCACAGGCUCAAAGGCCGCUAGCACCAGCCAGCAAAAAAAUACCAAAAUGAUGGAGAACACAUAUGCCCCAUGUAGAAUUAUGAAGAAUAUUUGCAUGACAGCAGCACGACAGAGAUCGGAUUCUGGAGAUUGUCCGUGUUUCCUAGUAAAUGUAAAUAUAGCAGGACCCUUGGGGAAAUUGGUCGGCAACGUGAAGGUGAUGCUUCAGCAUCAUCUGGCUUGUGAUCCUGGUAGGAAAGAAAAUAGAUAAGAAUGCCUUGAAUACAUUGCAUGUCAUUAUAGCCGUCACUCACGGAGUAAGACUCUUCAUCCUUGACAUGAUAUGAAUAUGUUCUUAUGCAGAGUAUUACCAUUUCCCAUGUUCUAUUAAGGUUGGUUUCCAAGAGCACAAAAUGUUUCUUAUGUGCUCCUUUCAUUCAUUCAUGCAUAAUAAAAAAAGAAUUUCAUUACUUGUUAGGAAAAGUUCCACCCAAAAACAUAAGCUAUUAGUUAGAGGUAGACUGCUUGCAUAUAACCCCUGUUGAAAUCCUUUAUUCAACCAACGUGGAAUAAUACUUUUAACAAUUGAUUGAUCAUGGUAAUUACUCAUUUCUGUGUGUGUUUUGUUAUUGGUGGAGACUGAUAUCAUUGAAGAUAAAAGGUUCAUAGACAAAGAGCCCAAACCGAGGGCAAUUACUGUCUCUGUGGUUUUGAUUGUAUAAUUUAGUAGCUUAUUCUGUCAUGGAUCUAUAUUCCACUUUGUUUGUCAAUUGAGGUGCUAAUACAUAGAUUGCUGAAUCUGAUGGUGGAUUUAUGGCCUUGAUCCUGUCAAAAGUAACAUCCUGUACGGUGGAAAAACUGGCAGGAAUCAUGUUGCGCUCUAUUUUGUUUUUCGUCAUGCCUAUGUCCAUCUCACAUGUCCGUACCAUCAGUCAUUGUCUUUACAUAUCGAAUUUGCAUCCUUCUGUUCGUUCUUCACUUGGUGAUGACAAUUUCUUAUGCCCUUGAUGCUUUAAAUGACCAGGAGUUUCACUGUAAUUUUUGACAAUGGUGUAAGAUCCAAACCAAAUAUCUGGGAUAUGGAUGCAAAAGGGACGUUCUUUAAGCCGGUUACAUUGCGUCAUGCUUUAUGAACGGGAGCUGUCCAUCGUAGUAAUGAAAACAGUUGCUUUACUUCAUUCCUGGGACGGUUGAGAGCUGAUAUGGAUCCAUGAAUGCCCAUCUUUUCUUGAAGUAUUACUUAAUCAAAUCAGAAUACUUUCUUGCAAAUGCCACCGCAGCAGAACAGAAUUGGAAGUUCAACCUACUAAAUACGAGAGGACCGCAGUAAUGACCAACUACGGUCCCAGCUAGAAAUGUCUACUAUUUCGGUUGUAAUGAUACAUAGUAAACUUUUUUUAUUUUGAAGGAUAGUAAUUUUCCUCAAAUUUUGGUUAUGUCACUUGUAACUUUUUCAUAAAUAUCAAGAUUUG